UAUGUGUGGCAAUUCUUACGUCUGCUAGACUGCCAAAUGUGCCACCAGCAUUCUACCAGCGAUCCUGAAUAUAAACCAGCUGCCUCUUUCGGUUGUUCCACUUGCAUGGUGCGUGGGUAGUCCGGAAUGUCGGACCCAUCUCCACGGCAAUCCUGUAUUUUCGGCAUGCCCCUUGUCAGCUCAUUCUGGCCUCUGCAUGACUGGACGCCUCCGCAAUUCUAUUCAGUGUCGAAGUACCACGUCGUUAAGCUUCAGUUUAUUGUUUCUAUCGGCUGCUGUGACCUCCCAUUUCUUGGUGAACAGCAUGGCUUUGCAGGUUCCUGUAACCACAGACACUUUUUUCCGCCCGUGGCUCAUCCUCGUGGCUUUUCGCUCCCGCAUGAACGCGCUCACAAUUGAUGUAUUACCUGCCAUCGAGAUCGCUCCAGUUUCAAUGGAUCAUCGUAUACUUGCACAAGAAAAUAGGCGAGCAAAAUGUGGAAAGGCGGUUUGGAAAUUAAACAUGGCGUUGAGUCGAAAGAAACUUGUCAAAUCGGAUUCUAUUGGGAUUAUAUGUGAAUCCAUUGUGGCGCUUGGGCCGUGGCCCGGAAUGGGAGGAGUCAUGGCGGAAAUAACGGAAUGCGAUUCAUUGGUAUUGACGGCGGCGCUGAGCCCCGAUCAGACAGCCACUGAUAAGGGGCACACACUGAUACGGUUCAUACCAUCCGCCGGGCCAAGAGACUCUAUUAUUGGUCCCCGGGUGAGGAAAUAAUCAUGUGACUGCUCAGGACAACGAAAUGAGCACGCGGCUCCACUUAAAAUGCUCAGUUUAGCUUUACGUUG